CCGUGGUAAUAAAUAUCAGGCUUGCCUUCACUAAAUGUUUUAGUGGAAAGAGUGAAUAUAACAUGGCUGGUGGUCCGCAUUUUAAACUUCUUUUGGUGGGAGAUGGUUGUGUUGGCAAAACAACUUUUUGUAAACGACAUCUCACAGGGGAAUUUGAAACGAGAUAUAAUGCUACCAUUGGAGCGGAAAUACACUUCUUGCUUUUUCAAACUAAUUUAGGGCCAGUACAAUUUGAGGUCUGGGAUACUGCUGGGCAAGACAAGUUUUCAGCUGUUCGCGAAGGUUAUUUCGCUGGAGGCGAGUGUUGCAUCGUUAUGUUUGAUCUAACCAAUCGCUCAACUUACAACCAUAGCGCCCUUUGGCACCAGGAGGUAACACGCUACUGUGGUAAUAUCCCUUCCGUUUUGUGCGGAAAUAAAGUUGAUUUGCCUGCGCGAGAAGUAAAACCCAAACAUAUUGAUUAUCACAAAAAGAAAAAAAUGAGUUACUAUGACAUUUCCGCAAAAAGUAACUUUAAUAUGGAGAAACCUUUCCUCGCACUUGCCAGAGUGCUGGCUAACGAUAAUAAUUUGCAAUUCAUAGCCACUCCCGCUUUAGCGCCUCCCGAGGCCUUCGUAGAUUUUAAUUUAAUCCGACAAUACGAAUUUGAGCUGGCUACUUAUGCAAAAAUGGCAGUAGAGACCGAAAUUCGCGAUGGGGACGACGAAGUUUUUUAAAAAUGUAUCUUUUUGUAUGGAUGCUUGUUUUGGAACUAGUAAAGACAUCGAAAAGAAAUCUUUAAUAAAAAAUU